GGCCACUAGGGUUGCAUUCGGGAUUCAGCCAUUCCUAAAUCCCAAUUUCCCAUUUGCCUCUUCCAGUUUCUACCAUCUUCUCUCUUUCCCAAGUUCGCAGUUCGCAAGUCGCAACUUAGCCGGCAGCCGGCACUCCCUGAUUCCCAGUCCCAGUUCCCUUCAGCUUCACCUUCCCUUCCCAGUUCCCUUCCCAAUUCGCAGUUCGCACACAGUCGGCGACGGCGAGUUCGAACCUUCUGUUCCAGAUCGGAAGAGCCAGUCUUCCCCUUCGGACUUCGGCUUCCACCUUCCCAACUUCGCAGCUCGCACUCUCGCAGGCUCGCAGCACUCCUUCGGACCUUCUGUCCUUCAGUCGGCCUUGAAAAAAGAAUUUUCUUUGUGCAUCAUCUUCACGAAGAUUCUCCUGCAAAGGCUUCAUUCAGUUUUCUGGAUCAGAACUCCUUGAAAUGAGUUCAAUCUUGAGGCAUGCAUCAGUUCUCUUUGGACGCCCCACCUGUGCAGUCAACUCACUGAGUUACAACUGUCUCCCUCAACAACUUCAGCAACAGCGAGGGAUUCGAGUGAAGGUAAUCAACGGGAACCUAGAGCAAGCUUUGGCUUUUAUGCAGCGGAAGAUGCAGUCCAGUGGGAUUGAGCGGUUGAUAAAGCGACCUGAAACUCGCCAUAUCAAGAACUCUGAAAAGCGUGUUCUGGCCCGCAAGAACCUGGAGCGUAAAAUGCGAUCGCAAAGUCUAGCUCACCAAAUCAAGACCAUCCUUAUCAAGAAAGUCAGUUAUUCCCCAAACCCCCAAUACGGUGUGGGAGCAUGUCCUGGUGAACUGGCAUUAAUGCAAGCUAGGGUGUUGCCUUUCAAUCAAUGAAAUUCAGGGAGAAGUGUUUUAUUUGACUUUCUAAAUUAUUUAAAAUCCAUAACCUGACAUUAUUUAUUCAUCUAUAGCAGCUAGUAACCACCAGGAUAACUAUUUGCAGUGUGUCACAAGAGGCACUUCAUAAUGCAAUUGCUAGCUGGCGAAGAAAAUAAUGGUGUGAUGCUCUAUAUUGAAUCAAGUUAGAAUAUUGAUAAAUAUUUGAAUUCUGAAAUGGUGUGUAUUGGGUGGGAGAUUCAACAGUAAUGCCAUAUGAAGCUGGCACUUGGUGCUUUCAUUGAACAGAUGAAACACAGUGUCUAUCUUGCCAUUCGUUUUAGAUUGUUGGAUGAUGCCCUUCUUAAGUUUUUAGACAUGUACUGGUGAGAUGUGGGUCUACAACAUCAAUCUGCUUAGUGUUGAGCUUCUUGCCUUCGUCUGAGCUUUCUAGUUAAAAUUGAAGAACAUUUUUUUAGAUGAGUUUAGAGAUUGGAAAAUUGUUGCUUUCUCAGGCUUAUAAGACCUAGGGUUAAUGCAUAUAUGCGAGGCCCAUCCUUUUGGGCUAAUAUAAAAUAAACUUUUGUAUUUCCUCAUUUAUUUUUAGUUAUUUGUUGUUAUUUCUGUAUGCAAGUGUGCAAUUACAUGAUUUGCUUGGAGCCUUGGACUCUGGAGAUGGUUGCUUUUAAAUUCAUUCAUGUGUUCGUUUUGUUGUUGUCGUCUUGUCUUGGUUGCCUUCUUUCUCAUUUGAUAUUCUUGUUUUCAUCUCCUCCUAUAUAAUUUCCUCCUCUGGUUAUGUUCCUCCAUUUCCUUUCAAUUAAAUUGUUAUUUUACACACCAGCAUAUACUUGUUUACAUUAUUUUGGUUGGAUUUUAAGGCAAUUGCUUACAUGUACUGACAUUAUAUUUGUGCGUGUAAAAUUAUUGGAAUGCUGCAGGGAGUCUAUGAGAGCAGCUUCAAGGUAAUUCUGUCAAAUUGCAGGUUGGUUCAAUUUUUUCCCUGGGGAGUUUCCUACAGCUCUGUAGAAGUCAUUAAAAUUUGCAAUGUCUUUUUGGAUCAUAUAUAGCCACUGCAUGUAGAGGAUAAAUGUUACCAACCCUUACUUGGUGGAAUAAAAGCUUAGGCUGUUUUUAUUGCUUUCAAA